UCCUUGGCGACGCUGCUCGGGCCAGGGCAGCCGGGCCACAGAGUGGACUUGCGGCGGCGGCAGGAGAGACGGCGGCAGCGGCUCCAUGAGCAUCGUGGGGGUGGCGACCGGGCACCGGCCCUCUAGCUCUGGGACUUCGGGCCUCCGGGGCGCGUUGCGCUCUCGCCAGCGCCCACCCGCGGUCCUCCAGCACCCAGGGCCGCAUGGCGCGCACCUCGGGCUCAGCGAGACGCAGAAGCGGGUCUUGGACCUGGAGAAGAGCCUGCAGUUCCUGCAACAGCAGCACUCGGAGACGCUGGCCAAGCUCCACGAGGAGAUUGAGCACCUGAAGCGGGAGAAUAAGGAUCUCCAUUACAAGCUAAUAAUGAAUCAGAAGCCGCAGAAAAAAGGCAGCAUCUCCAAUUCCAGCUUUCAGUCAAUCAAGUCUCUCUCGAAUUCAAUGGUGUCAGCCAACUCUCAAGGCAAGGCUAGACCCCAGCCCAGUUCCUUCAAGAAGCAAGACUUGAAAGCUGACGUUGCCCAGAAGGCGGACCUGGAAGAGGAGGCCCAGGUUGCUGCCCUGCUUCGCAGCAGCCAGCUGGACAAAGCCUCAGGGACACAAGGGCCGGCCAAAGAUGAAGAAGUGGAGACCUUUAAUCCAGAGUCCACCUCGGUGGUGGGCAGCCAGCACAAGGGCAAGCAGGUGACAGGGGCACCCUCCUUGAUGAGCCUGCCCCCCAACUUGCGCAAGCCCACCUCGUUUCAGCAAUGUGAGGUGGUCAUCCGCCAGCUGUGGAACGCCAAUCUCCUGCAGGCCCAAGAGCUGCAGCACCUCAAGUCUGUCCUAGAGGGGACCAAGAGGCCUAAGGCUGCGCCGGAGGAGGCUGGACCGAAUUCUUCCAAGGACCAGGAGACCAUGCAGCUCCCCAAGGUCCCCACCAAGGGCAUCUCAAAGAAAUGCCUGAUCCUGAGCCCAAUGCCUAUGGCAGAGCGCGCCAUCCUGCCCGCGCUGAAGCAGACCCUGAAGAGUAACUUUGCCGAGAGGCGGAAAAGGCUGCAGGUUGUGCAGAGCCGACGGCUACACCGCUCUGUGCUCUGAGCGCCCCUGUGCAGCUCCAACCACAGCUGGAGACACCCUCUCUAGGUAGCAUUACAAAAGAAUUCUAAUUCCACAUAAACCAAACUCACGGCACAUAAAGUCCUUGGUCUCAGAACUGAGAAACUUUUCUCGCUCAGUAUUUUGCUAUUCUGCCUUUACACAAAACCAUGAUGUAGGUAUUACCCCACUUGUUGAAGAUGAAAUAAAGCUCGUUUCUUCCA